GGUUAAACGCGUUGGUAACUGCUGUUCGCCGCUGAUGUGGCCCCGGCCAGCAGCGCGCAGCCUGCCUGCACCAGUGCAUUGUGGUCUGCGCUAAAGGAAGCUGCCGCACCGGAAUCUGAAGAAUUUGAAGUGUCCGCCAAGUCUGCUUUUCGCCGGCAGCUCGUCGUUUGUUUCUCUGUCUGUUCUCCAUCUCCACUAUUCUUUUCACGGACUAAGUGUUGAUCCAGGAGGGAAAUCAUGUCUCAGGCUGACAAAAUGAAGCAGGGACAGUUCACCAACCCUGAGACUCCAGGAUAUGUUGGAUUUGCAAAUCUUCCAAAUCAGGUUCAUCGUAAAUCGGUUAAGAAAGGCUUUGAGUUCACCCUCAUGGUCGUAGGUGAGUCUGGACUUGGAAAAUCCACCUUGAUCAACAGCCUCUUCCUGACCGACCUUUACCCAGAGAGGGUCAUCCUUGGGGCUGCAGAAAAGAUUGAGCGGACUGUUCAGAUCGAAGCAUCAACUGUAGAAAUAGAGGAGAGAGGAGUGAAGCUUCGUCUCACGGUUGUGGACACACCAGGAUACGGAGAUGCCAUCAACAGCCAAGACUGUUUCAGCACCAUCAUCAGUUACAUCGAUGACCAGUUUGAGCGCUACCUCCAUGAUGAAAGUGGCUUGAAUCGCAGACACAUUGUGGACAACAGAGUCCACUGCUGUUUCUACUUCAUCUCCCCUCUUGGACAUGGACUCAAACCGCUUGAUGUCCAGUUCAUGAAGGCAAUCCACAACAAGGUGAACGUGGUACCUGUCAUCGCCAAAGCCGACACCCUCACCCUCCGAGAGAGAGAGAGGCUGAAGCGCCGGAUCCUCGAUGAGAUUGAUGAGCACGGCAUCAAGAUCUACCACCUUCCUGAUGCUGAGUCAGAUGAAGACGAAGACUUUAAAGAGCAGACCAGGAUCCUCAAGGCUAGCAUCCCAUUUGCAGUGGUGGGAUCCAACCAGCAGAUUGAAGCCAAAGGAAAGAAGGUCAGAGGUCGUCUGUAUCCAUGGGGGGUGGUGGAGGUGGAGAACCCAGAGCAUAACGACUUCCUGAAGCUGCGGACUAUGCUGAUAACCCACAUGCAGGAUCUGCAGGAGGUGACCCAGGACCUGCACUACGAGAGCUUCCGAUCAGACCGUCUGAAGCGUGGUGGCAGGUUGUCCUCCCAUGGUUACAUUCUGCCUCUGUCUCCUGUAAAAGGACCAGAACCAGAGGAGACGGACAAGGACAUGAUCCUGCAGGAGAAGGAGGCUGAGCUCAGGCGAAUGCAGGAGAUGAUCGCCAAGAUGCAGGCCCAGAUUCAGAAGGGAGGAGAAGGAGAGGCAGAUGUGUGAGGUGUUUCCAGCACCUGAUCCAGUUUGACCAGAAAACCUGGAAAACUUCACGGCUUUGUUUUUCCGGCUCCACGUGGGAUCUGAAGUCCGUUUAUACGUUCAGUUAGCUUUAUAGUAUAUGAUAUGUACCAUUUUAUGAUGUAUUCUUUUGCAAACAUACUUACAAGAAGUCACAUGACCCUUCUGUAGUUUUAUUUCUGGGACGCUGUUACUUCUAUCUCACGCUGCUGCUUCUGGUUACUUGUUAGUUCUGUGAAGUUUUGUUGGGAGAGCCCGUUCUUUUGCCACGCCGUUGUUACCCAGAAGUCUUCCUGUUCACACGUACGCAGCCGCUGAUCCGGUCAGGUGAAAGGAAUUGUUGGUCGUCGUCCCUCUCCUGUCUCGUGUAGACCUCAUCUCACAUCAGUGUGAUGAUGUGAGACUGCCUUCUGAAGCGGCGAGCUCCUGAACUCGUUCGCUCUUUCAUAAACGAACGCGGGACAGAGUUGAAAGCUGAUGCCUGUGUGGUGCUUCACAUUUAUCAACUUUUCUUAUACUUAAGAUUAAUGCUGUGAGGAUUUUAACUCGAAAGUGUCCAAACUGCCGAGUCUGUUUUGGUUUCCGUGGUGAUGGAGGUGGACCAGGUUAGGUCAGAGUUUCCCACACCGACCACUUCUUCACAUUCCUGUUUGUGAUGUUUUUACCAACAAUGAAGUACCAAAUAUUGUUCGUAGUGCUUAUAUUAGAUGAAAAUGUUUAUUAAACUUUGAAUAACCA